AUGGAAUUGCAGCAAAGAAAAGCUCUUGUAAAUGGGGAUCACUUGACCGACAGGCAAAAACAAUGGGCAUCCCUUGGUGCUUGGUUUUUGGGACCCAAAGGAGAAAAUGGGGAAGUGUUUCGGGACCUCUUGACGAAGGCUGUCGAUUCGCAUAUCGGAUUCCGUCACAGGUAAUUUAAAGUACAGGAGCACACAUGUAAGGUGGUCAAUAAUAAUCAGGCUAUAAUGUGUUGUCUUCAUUUAUUUUUCUUACAUGGGGAAUUUAUUUCUCUUACAGGCUUGAAUUUUUUCUUGUAAUUAAUCACUUCUAUAGUUAUUUGAAAUUGUCAAAACAAGAAGCAUGAUCAUUAAAAUUAUCAUCGAAAAUGGCUUAUUUGUAAGCUUUGGUCAUUACUCCAAAAGCCUACGUACAGAGGUCUCACAAAACGGAAAGGGGACAAAGGAAGCCGUAGGGGACUCUCUGAAACUGGUAUUUUAAGCAAAUAUAGACACGCCUUUCAUUCUAAUUAAGACGGCUACCGCGUUUCCCGCAGAAACGACGCUGGUUCACGCACUCUCACUACUUAGUAUUAAGAAAAUCUCGUCAGCUCGUAAUCAUCCUUGUCUCUAAUUACAAAGAGCUCUUAAGCUAUCUCAAAAAAUUAAGAGUCGUGUGCUCACAGAAAAAUGACUUCACACCACAAAAGUAUCACAUUUAUUCAUUUCAUACUCACCUCAUCCAAUAAUUGUCCUUUGUGUUCAACAGUUACUUUCCCUGUGAUCCCCCUUACGUCACUGACCAGCUUCGAGAAGCAGGAUCUUUCAACUUUGCCAUGGAGAAGUUAAAAACUGAGAUGGAAAAAUUGCAGGCCGAAUUAAAAAAGUCUGUUCCAUUCUUCAGUUCAAGAUACAAGGUAAAGGCAUCAAGAAUUAAUUACUUUUCAAGCAUCAAUUCAUCUAUUCAUUUCGUUUUUCCUCGUGAAAAAUAAUGAUAGCAACAAAGCGAUAAUGACAAAAAUAAAGAUAACGAAAAAGAUAAAAAUAAAAACAAAGCCAUGAUAAUGAUAAUUACAGUGAUAAUGAUAAUGAUAAAGUUAAGAAUAAUAAUAAUUAUAAUAAUAAAGAUAAAGAUAAUGAUAAUGAUGGUAAUAAUCAGGAUAAAGAUAAAGAUAAAGACAAUGAUAUUGAUAAUGACGGUGAGAAUGAUAAUGAUAAUGAUAAAGUUAAUUUUAAAUACAAUGCUAACUAUUAAAAUCCUAUUUAAAAUUGAUUCGCUUAAAAAAGAAAAAACUAUUCAUUCAAAAACACUAUUUACAAUUCCUGUCGAUUUAAAAAGUACUUAAUUUAGCUUUAAAAAAGUUAAUUUAACUAAGAAAAAUUUUUUCGAAUUAAAAGCAUUUCAUUUCAAUAAAAAAAAAAAAAACUGUCAACCUCUAAAAUUCAAAAGUUUCUUUCAACUGCUGAAAACAAAACAAAAAAAUAAUAAUAAUAAUGAAAUAAAAAUGUAUAUAUGAAGUAAGGAAACACAUCAAUAGUCCGAGUUAAUGGCUCCUUCAGCAACUUCGACGUCGAUAUCAACAUUCUUAAUGUCACAUGGCACAUAAAGUUAAUGAUAAUAAUAAUGAUAAAGAUAAUGAUAAUAAUGAUAAUGACCAUUAUAACGAUAAUGAUAUGAUGAUGACAAUGAUAAUGAUAAUGGUAAUGAUAACAGCAAAGAUCUUGAAAAUGACAAUUGAUACUACUACUAGUGCUGCUACUUAUAAUAUUUUAUUCAACUUUAAAAAUAUGUACGUAAUUUACAGAAAAAUGUUUGAAGUAAGAAUUAAGCACUAUAUAAAAAUAAGAAUUAUUUUUAUCUUAAAAAAAAUAAUCACUGUGUCAAUUUAUAACGAUUUCCCAAAUACAUUCCUUGCGGCUCUGAUGCGGUCAAGAACUCUUGCAGGCAGUCCAGAGAUUUAAAUUAAGUCAUUACAAAAGAGAAUUAUCCGUCUCUGAUAUUAAAAAGUAAACAAGUCAAAUAACAAGUGAUAAUAAUAAUAAUAAUAAUUUCUUUUUUAAAUGAUAAUAAUAUAACUUUAUUCAUAGAUUCAAAAAAAUAGAUUAAUUACAGAUUCAAGAAUAUGAAUAUUAAAAUAUAUACCCUAUGUACAUUCUUCUUGUGUACGAAAGAGAAUUGUCGUAAAAUGACUAUCUAAAAACUACUAAUAACAAUUAUAAAAAGCAUCUAAAAGUUAAUAAAAAAAUAAAACUAUGUAAAAAUAAUUCAAACUGAUAGAAAGUUACUACUUAAAUUCUGGCUUGCGCACUUUCCGAUGUAAUGUCAAUUCAGAUAUAUUGACUGCUCUUCUCUUUCUCCUGGUUCCUCUGAGACAACAAUAAUAAUAAUAAUAAUAAUAAUAAUAACAACAAUUAUAAUAAUAAUAACAAGGAUAAUAAUAAAAUAAUUUUAUUCAACUUUAAAAAUGUGUACAUAAUUUACAGAAAUAUUUGAAGUAAGAAUUAAGCACUGUAUAACAAUAAGAAUUAUAUAAAUCAUAAAAAUACAAUCACUGUGUCAAUAACGAAUAACAAAUACAUUCCUGACGGCUCAGAGGCGAUCAAUGAUUCUUGCAGGUGGUCCAGAGUUUUAAUAAUAUUCAUAUAAUACUAUACAUAUAAUAUUAAUACUAAUAAUUCAUAUAACAUUAAUAAUAAUAAUAAUAAUAAUAAUAAUAAUAAUAAUAAUAAUAACAAGAGGCCAUAAUAAUAAUAACAAAUAAGUAUAGGUACGUAAGUAAGUACAGACUUUAUUUAAAGAACCUGUAGCACACUUAAUAGCCAUAGGCUAAGGCUAAUAAACUAUUAACCCUUUUAAACUUUGGCCCUGACAUAUUAUAAGAAUAUAUAGCUUUACAUCUACGCCUUUGUUUAUGAUUAUGUAACAACAACAACAACAACAACAACAACAAAUUUUAUUGAAAAAUGGAAAAUAACUAAUUACAUUACUUUCCCACCUGCAAACUGAGCUUAUGAACUAAUCGAGGCGGGGGGAGCUGAAGACAUAUUACAAAACAAGAUUUAUAUAUAGAUGGACUAAAUAACAGUGAAGACACUACUAUACAGUAAAUAGAAUAUAAACUAACAUAAAACAACUGAUUAACGAACUAAUAUAACAACCCGUACUUCUUCUCCUCAGGGCCACGUUCAAUGGGAGACAGCGAUGCCAGCUAACCUUGGCUACAUGUCUGCAAUGUUGUACAACCAAAACAACUGCGCAUCAGAAUCCUCUCCUGUCACAAGUAAAUACGAAAUGGAAGUGGGCAAAGACCUGUGCGUCAUGGUGGGGUAUGACAGGGACAAAUGUAUGGGACAUCUCACCGCUGGGGGGUCUGUAGCCAACAUUGAAGCAAUUUGGGCGGGACGAAAUGUGAAGUACUUUCCACUGGGACUACAAGAAGCUUUGUUGAAGGAAAAAAGACUUUCUGGUGCCAAAAGUUACAAGGUACGUUUCCCUGUUUUACUUACGUUCUGGUUUAUUUAUCCAUGCACUUUACCUUUUGCAUUGUUUAGGCAUAAUGAGGACGGAUAGCUUUGGUAGACUAUAUAAGAAAAUACCAUUUUCAGUUUGGCCAGCCGUGGAAAAUGAACAUUUCUUACCGUGGAGAGUGCUAAGAAGGCACAAGGACCAGAAUAGAAGAAAAUUAAUGCUUUAAAUAACUCUCAUAUGCCAAGUAAACAUCUGCGAUGAAAUUAACUUGAUUGAGUACACAUGGUGUAAAGACAUUGCAUCGUUUAAAUCACAACCACUUACACUGUAUAACUUAGGUUCUUUUCACUGGAAACCAUUAUUAUUUUUUUUAAUUUCAUUUAUUGAUUUGCUCAACAUUGUAUAUAAGGUGACAAUGUUUUGAUAGUACUUAAGAAAUAAUUACAAUAUUGAACAGGAACUUCUCAGAAGCCUUUUUGGGCUUAUCAAGGAGACUCCCUGUCAAUUUACACCAAUUUCAUUUGAUGACAUAGACGAUUUUGGCUAGGAAAUAAGGUUUUACAUCAUCAAUACUAUGUAUGUGCUUACAUCGAAUAUAUAUAAAAUAUUACAUUGUGGAAUCACUGUUUCAUUCUACCUCUUCACUCGUGAUAAAUAUUCUUUCUCUUAUGUCAUCCGUCAAGCUGUUAUAAAUUAUAUCUAACCCCUUGUCUGUAACAGUAAAUUUUCGUACAUUUGUUUUACCCAAGGGUUUAUGUAGAAGUUCAUGUAAACGAGUGUUAUGACCAUGGAUUUCAUUAUUUUUCUUAAAAAAAUCUGUUAACGCUCCAGGAAGUUGAUUUUGUGAGGACUGAUGUUUUAGACAAUCCACAACAAAAUUUAUUCAUUUGUUAAGUAUUGAGAGUAUUAAAUUGUUAAAAUAAAGAGUUGGACACAUGAUUAUACUCUUUAAACAGCAUGAUCCGGACAAGUCUUUUUCUGCAGCUUAAAAAUCUUGUCUAGAUUCAACCAGAGAAACAUCGAGAAUUUUUUUGUUAUUUCCUGGCAAAGAGAAUUAACUAUGUCCCGCUUCGUGAACAGUCAGUGAGUGUUUAGUGACGGAUCCAUAUUUUUUUCUAACUUUAUUUUUCUCCGGUCAGGUUUUAUUGCCUCAGAGAGGAAAAAAAGAAGAAUUAAUCAGCGCUUCACAGUGGGAACUCCUUAACCUUGAUGUCGGCACUAUCUUACAAAUGCCUUCAGAAGUACAAGCUUUGACAAGCCUCGAACAUCAUGAAUUUAUGGAAAUAAUGUCCAAGUACCUUUAUGAGUCCAUUGGAACACAGGAGUUUGCAAGGCGACAUAUGCUAACCCAAAGUCCAUGCAUUGUUGUUCCAAGCACAUUACAUAUUUCCUUAACGAAAGCAGCCACAAUCCUUGGACUUGGUCGAGAGAGCCUUGUUUCUGUAGCAGUUGACGAAAACUCGCGGAUGGACCCUAUUGGUUGGUAUAGUUUCUGUCCUUUGUCUUCAUUUAGCCCCCAACUUUUUUUUUUAAUCAACAACAAAAAAACAGAAAACGGAAACAGAACAAAUAACUGUAACGUGUAUUUAAUUAACAUUAACAAAAUGCGUAUUAACCAAGUUGUGAGUUAUAUAUGGAAGUAAAUUACAUUUACUUACUCUUUGUUUGUGACCAUCAGAGUUGUUUUUCAUUGAAAGAUAACAUUUAUUUUUUAUGAAAUUUAAGAUUUGAACCGCAUUCUAAAAGAAAAAUUGGAUAAGGAAAUUCCAGUCAUAACGGUAGUAGCUGUCACAGGAACAACAGAGCAAGGCGCCGUUGAUCCAGUAACUGCGGUUGUCUAUUUGCGCGAAAAGUUUAGAAUGAAGGUAAGGAUAACUGUAUUUGACUUCAUAUCUAAAAUUUCCUACACUGUCAAAACCAUCAAACUCAUCAUCAUCAUCAACAUCAACAUCAUCAUCAUCAUCAUCAUCAUCAUAAUCAUCACUUGUAUCUUCAUCGUGAUCACUAUCAUCCACCGUUUUCGGCAGUGUAAUAAUUAUAUAGAUCUCUUUUUACCUGGCGCCACUUUCCUAAAAUAUUUAUGCCAUAAAUUAGGUAUUACUUUGAAGAAAUGUCUGUUUUAAAAACCCAUGACUUUGUUCAUAUCAAGGGUCUCAACUUCAGCAUUCACGCGGAUGCAGCUUGGGGAGGAUAUUUCUGUAGUAUGCUACGGGCGCAGCCGGAGAGCAGUCCUAUGCCAACAGCCAAAGAAACAGGAUUUGUUCCAGAAAUGUACCUGAGUUCCUACGUCCACGAACAGUUGUCAGCUCUCCACCACUGUGAUACAAUCACUGUUGAUCCCCACAAAUCUGGCUUCUGUCCUUAUCCAGGCGGUGCAAUCUGUUACAGAGACAGAAGGAUGAACUCAUUUCUGUCAAUCACCACUAAAGUGCUCUACUACCAUGGAAAAAUGAUUCUCGGUGAUGUCGGUAUCGAGGGAUCCAAACCCGGGGCAGCUGCUGUAGGGGUCAUGAUGGCAAACAGGGUAACCAUUUAUGAAUCUUUUUCUUUUAGUAGUAAAUUAAAAAAAGUCUAUAUAAGACAGCCCAAUUAUUACGACUACUUUUCGACAAAACACCAAGUUAUUUUUUCUGGUUCAUGUGUGAUAUCACAGUCUCUUCUGGAAACAACAAGUGAGCUUGAUGCUUAUAGUACUGGGUUCAUUCUAUGAAUACGGUGGAAGAGGCGAAGGUUUUCAGUUUAUGAAAUGCACAGAUAUGGGUAAGUAAGCUCGAAAUUUGUCAAUAUGGAUGCGAAAAAGUCAAGUAAUAUGAGUAGCGAGGCCUUUUUCUGACCCUCAGGUCUGGUUGCUCCGUUCGAAACGGAAACAGUAAACUGAAUUCGAAAAUUUAUCAAAGUCCAUCAAAGCUUAAUUUUUGUACUUCAGAAUUUAUGUUUAAAAGAAAAAUUAGUCGACUAUUGUUCCUGCCAAUUGCUUAUAGAAUGAAUAAAGCUUACUUAGUGUUCUUCAAUAUCGUUUUCCUCAUUUCGUAGGUCAUUGGUCUUCACAAAAACGGUUAUGGUCGUAUCCUGGCUGAGUGCAUGUUCAACGCAAAGAUCCUGUACUGUCAGUGGGCAACGCUGGCCAAAGAAGACGACAUUUUUGUCAUCAAAACGACGAUUCCUCUACCCAGUUUGACUAACUGGUCAGAGGAGGAUCAUAUUACAUUCAUUAGAGAACGAAUUGUCGGAAAAAGCAACGAAGAAAUUGCUCGGGUAAAUCUUUUAGCUUGUUUAUAUGAAAUCAAGGCACCAGUGGGAUAUUUCACGAUAUACCACUCGCAAGCGUUCCGUAAGUAGUAUUUUACAAGUCAGAGUUAUCAUUCAAGAGUAAUUAAAUAGUAGGAGGUUUUUUACAGCCCAAUAACAUCAGUCUAAUUUACUACAGUGAUUCCAUUAAUAACUUUUAUAUAUAACUCUGCUGCUGAAUGACUCCCUAUUCUAAGAAAACAUAAUGGAAAAAUACAUGUAGGGAAUAGACAAGGAACUCUUUCUGAGUGCCGUUCACGACCUUAACUGGCUACUAGUUACAGGUGUAGGUCCGACCAGGCUUUUGCCAGCCAAUCGGAUUUGAGAAGUUUAGGGCCAAACGAUGAUUGAUUAAUAGACCGUUUUUAGCUUUUAUGUUUUGUUUUCCAAUUGCAGACCACGUGAUCGUACCUAAGAGAAUUGUUUCUUUCAAACGUCGUCCGAUGCACGUGCACCCAGGUGCAAAUGUAUCCAUGAUUUAUGAAAAGACAAAAAGGAAAAUCUCCAGGCGAACAUCAUCACGUGGUCUGAAAGGGAAAACAAAACUUACAAGCUAAAAUGGUCUAAUGAAAGUUUCAUCAAAGCAAACGUUCCGGGUACUAUUUAAGCCCUUUGUUAUAAACGAAACAAUAGCACACUAACUGACGUCAGCUUUUGAUCAAAGCAGACGUUCCGGGUACUAUUUAAGCCCUUUGUUAUAAACGGAACAAUAGCACACUAACUGACGUCAGCUUUUGAAUUUGCUUGCGGUGACAAUUUUUUUACUUUAUCAUUGACAGCGAAGCAACUCUUUGAUAACACACAGCAACAAAGUUAAGUACUGUUUUAUCUUCUCUGUCGUUUAGGAUGAUAAAGCUAUGCUUUACCUAAAAGAAGUGGGUCCUGAUACCUUGAUACCGUGUUUCGCUGUAAACCUGAAAGGAAACCAAAGCGUUGAAGUGUGCAAUGCAAUCAACACAGCGAUAUUCGAAAGCCUCACUCACACAUCAGGGGAACAUACAGCGUUUCGCAUCCCAAUGCUUGUUACCUCGUCAAGUCUGGUGUCCCACGUCCACAGUGUUGCAGCCACAAAUUUCAAGACAAGAUUAGGGGUAAGAGAGAACAGCAAGAAUCGAAAUCUGGUAUAACGAGAAACCUUCUCGAUGCUCUUUCCUUUUCGAAAUUCAAUUUAUAUUUUAAAAGAUCACGUGAUAUAUCCGGGACCAUUCAGAUAACUGAAAAUUAUCGAUGGUUUUUCUUGACCACAGCCAUGAAAAGUGAGGCAGAAUUACGCGUGUCUUAACUGCUAUAUGCACUAAUCUACACAUCUUUCUUUCUUUCUUUUUUUAUUCAGCUUAACUCAAACGACGACACACCAGUCAAAUAUAUCAUAACAACUUGCAUGGAUCCCUGGGUCACAUCUUUAGAUUUCAUGGACCACGUGUCAUCUGUCAUGAGGAACACUAUUUUGUGUGCAAUUGGAAGGGUAAGGGCUAAUUUAAUUUUUAAAAACCUUUGAUUUUAAGUAAAAGUAGAAUGCCCUUAAUACAUCAAUGACAAGAGAGGAUAAAGAGGACAGAGAAGGCAUCCCCCAUACACACCCUAUUCCAUAGGUAAUUCGUCUAGAGUUAUUUUUAGAAUCGGGAUAAAGUUACCUCGCGCGCUGCGUGGAUGUUUCGUGGAGGUUUCGAGCGAAAGGCAAAGAAAGUGUAAAGAGAUCGAGGGCAUUUCUGAAUAUUGAAGCGAAAUGAGUCGGCGCUUACCUGGGAAAAGGGAAUCGCUGGACUCUUUGACAACCCGUGAAACCAGUUUUAGUCGAAGUUGUCGUAACCUCAGUGCUUUAAUAAAAUGAGAAAUUUCGCCGGUCUAUCGAAACCGGUCGUUUGUAUAAUAAAGCAAGUAGGACGCUAAGUGUUAUUUUCGCUGAAUAAUAAAAGACUAAUAAAAGAAUAAUAAAAGAAUAAAUAUCAAACCAGAAAUUGCUCUCUUCAAACUGUAAAUUAUAAAUGAUCCUGAGAGAAUAUUCAGUGUGUUAAGGAUUUCCCUGCUAUACUGUUAGCUCUAUACAAGAGAGGAAGGGCGAUUCUUUUUUAAUUUCCGUUUCGCUGACACAGCUUUAGCAGAAGUCUCUCUUCAGUAGUUUUCGUGGACAAAACAAAUAGCAAUAUCGCUCUCCGCGUCUUCCGCCAUUUUUUUCAGCGUCAAUUCGUGAAGGACGGGUGGCUUUGAGCGUGGGUCAUCCACGCGGAACACAUUCGCGCUAUGUGAUUAGCUGUUGUCUAUUCCCCCCUGGGAUCUAUGGCCUUAAAAAUAACUCGAGACGAAUUACCUAUGGAAUAGGGUGUGUAUGGCGGAUGCCUUCUCUGUCCCCAUUAUCCUCUCUUGAUCAGUGAUUUAUAACCAACUUUGCUAUUUUCAUCUCUGCUUUAUAUUCAAGGUUACUGAUCCUACUGCCCUCCACAACUUUGUCAGUACGGGAGUUGUAAAUGAACAGAACGAAGUAAUCGCCUGUUAUGUUGGAGAUUUUAACAGAGUUCAGAAGCAGUACGAAGCAAUUGUCAAGUUAAAAUUCAUGUGCGACAGGGACGUCGAGAAGUACAUCACGACAGAAAAGAAGUUGUUAAAGGAAAAUGGUGCCCGAAAACCAAUUGUCUUUCGAAGCAAACGGCAAAGACUCCAUGAUGUCUUCUUCAAGGAUACAGGGUACUGUGGGGAAUUGGAGGAGUUCGACUGUUUCAUUGGUUUGCCUUCUGAUAACAGUAACCACCCGUUUAUGAGUCCAAAAAUGAAGAUCAUAGACGUUCCACGUUACGAGCAUUUUGACAACCACGAAUCUCCUGAGCAAAGUGACUACUUCAUGUACGGUGACAUGAAAAACGUGUUUUUGUUUCACAUCCCUACCAAGAGUUCCGACUUCUAUCAGUUAACAACGCUCUGUUGAUCCAGUAUACUAUCACCAUCAUCAUCAUCAUCACUAUCAUCGUCAGUAACAUCAUUAUUAUCAUCAUCGAUAUGAUUCUCAUGCUAAGACCGAAUUUCACAUAACAAUUAAGCAUUUUAACAAACAAAAUUCUUCACCAUUUUCUUUUUACGUACUUUACGUCAGAUCAGAUACCAAAAGCUCCGAAUCCUUCCGGGCAAUAAAUAUAACUCCCUGUCAAUUCAUAAGCCAUCUUUCCAUUACCGUUUUUAUUCUCAAGUAAAAAGAUGCAUGGAUCAAAAGCUAUUUUCACUAAAAACUGAGGGGUUCGUUCGUAAUGAAGCUGUGAAUUGUGUAAGACAUGAGAUUUCUCGAAAAGUUAUACUUUUCAUCAAACGAACAUUAUGUAAAAUACGUCACAUGACCUCCUACGGCCACAGUCUCCCAAAAAAUCUUUAAGUAAAAAUGUCAGCCGUUUAGAUUCGAAGUUAUCCAACUUAAUUGCUACAAGACAACUUACAAUAUAAAGAACUACAAAAUUGUGCUUGGCAACAUUUGAAUAUGUAAUUACUUUUGUAGAUAAACGGUUUUUCUGACUAGUGCUCAGUACCCCCAUUUCAAGUGGUUCCUUUAAUCACACUUUUCCUUUACAAUAGAGACAUUUAGCAUCAGGCAAACCGCAAACCGCAAACCGCAAACCGCAGUUACGCGUCUGCAGUUUCGCGUUGCCGAGAUUUCAAACUUUAGCAAGGCGUUCAGUUCAGUUCAGUUCAUUUUUAUUUAGCCAAAAUAUAAUACAAUACAAGAAUAGAUAUAGGAAUUGUAAGGUUGCAAGGGAGCCCAGAAGAAACCAGAAGGCUUUAUGAAGCCUGGGCUCCCUAGUCUCAAAGAAAUAAGCAAAACAAAAUGAAAUUCGCGGAUGAUACGUUAAAAAUAGGAACUAAACAGAGACUGAGUUAAGUUAUGAAUUCAGUAACAAGAUAGAAAAAAAAAUUAACUCUGGAUUAGAACAGAAUACUUUCCUUUGUUGGUACGGCAGAAAGGAAUAUAAAAUUGAUUUGAACUACGCGUUAAUUGUUUAGGGCCGCCAUGUUGUUUUCAUCAAGUCGAAGUGCAUCACUUUAAUCGCCCAAAACUCAGCAAUAAUUCAUUGAUGCGAGAUCAAAAAUCCAACAAACACAUCGCAAACGGAUAUAAAAAGCUAGUUCAAUUCAUACAUUUAAACUCGAGGCUGUACAAUUUUUUGUGGCAAAAAACCUUCCCGUAAAUCACUUACCGCUGGAAGCCCCUCCUGCGGUUCAAACGUGAACUGCAAACUGCAAACGUGACCUCAAGGCCGUAGUCACGUGACAUUUUGCGGUUUCCGGUUUGCAGUUUCCCAUGAAAAACCUGAUGCCAAAGGUCCCUAAUAUGUUAAAUGAUAUACCCGAAGGCCUUAAAAUAAUGCAAAAUUGAACAAAUUGGCAAAAAAUAAAAGUGUGCUUGUCUGACCAAGUUUCAAGCUGCUACCGCAAAAGCUUUGAAAGAAAGACUACCCCCCCAAUUUUUCACUGAAUAAGUGGAGACCCAUGCUUUAGUUAACUUGAGUUACUCUCAUUCUCAUUAUCAUUUUCAGUAUUAUCAUCAUCAUUAUCAUUACUGAAUAAAAUAGUAAUAAUAAUGACAAAAACAUUGCCAUUAUUAUUAUUAUUAUUAUUAUUAUUAUUAUUAUUAUUAUUAUCGUUAUUGUUAUUAUUAUUAGGGCUGAUUAACAAAUCUCAUUCCUUUGUUUUGUGUUUUUUUCGUGUUUUUUUUUUUUCUCGUUCUACUGAAGAUUGUAGAG